CUUUCAUUUCUCAAUUUACAGAAAUGAAUAUUCUUCCUCAUAAAAGUUGGCACGUUUAUAACAAGGCUAAUGUAGAACGAGUCCGUAAAGAUGAAGCAAAAGCAGCAGAAGAAGCAAAGAAAAAGAAAGAUCGUGCUGAUCUAGCUGAAAGUGAAGCUAGACUCAACCUUCUGAGACAACGAGCCAAUACCCGUUUACCGCCCGAAGAUCAGCUUUUGAGAGAACCUCAACCUAUUGAACACAUCAAUUUGUUUCAUGAUUUCGAACAAAAGCUUGAAAGGAAUGAAGAAGCUGAAGCUGAGAGAAAGGUUGAAGAAGAGAAGUUUGAUAAACGCUUCACUAUGUACCUUGACAAAGGCACAGAAAAAGCUGAUGAGCCUUGGUACGUAAAGACAGACAGGAAGGAGGAGAAAUACAUUGAUCCCUAUAAAUUCAAAUCAAAGCAGGAGCAAAAACGGAAGGUGAAAGAUACUAGUAACAAGGACGACGAUCCUUUGCACUUCAUAAAAAAGAAGCUGCAACAAAAGAAUAGUAACGACAGGCGAGACAAAAAGAAAAGUCAUCGCGAACGUCAUGAAAAUGAUAAGAGCAACAACAACUGUUCAAAUUCUUCUCCGACCAUGGAAGAAUUAAGGGCAAAACGAUAUGCUCGAGAAAGAAAAGAGAAAGCAAGAUUACAAAAUUUAUACCUAGAUCAUAAAGAAGAUCAGGAAGACGUCAUCGACGAAAGAAAACGAGGCUAUAACUCACAGUUUAAUAGAGAAGAGACAGAAUUGGCAAACAGUAAACGGCGAAGGCGACAAUAAAGACCGGGAUUGUUUAAAUUUUAUUCCUUGCUUUUUUCCAC